AUGGUUGGAGGCCAAACAAACCGAUGGGAGGGUAGAUGGCUGCAGUUAGUUUCCGUGACAGAAAUUCCAACAGAACUGUCUGAAUCAAUAUUGCCAAAGUUUGCGGGUGCCUAUGAAGCAGGACUUUUGAAAAACUGUGCCUUUAAACCUAUCCUCUACUAUAGUAGUAACCUGAACUCAGCUAAAGGAUUCAGAUUGGCUGUUGUAGUAUUUAUAAUUCUCUUGCAGCCGAGUGAGGCAUUUGACAUUUAUCGGACCCCUACUGCUGGCUCGAAUAGCAAAUUUGAUUUGAUAAAAUUCAAAUAUCUUCACUGUAUAGUGACAUUAAUCCUAAACUAUAACAAUACGAACCAGAUUCAGCAAGCGGGCUGUGUCAUUUCUGUGUCAGAGGAGAGUAUUGUGAUAAGCUGUUUUCAACAUGUAUUUUUGGUUGAGAUGUUAAAAUGUGUUAAAAAACCUCUACCUGAACUAGCUAUUAUAGUUCGUCUUUUAGGCGUUCGCGAUUGGAACAUCCUCUUGGAUUGGAUCAGAACGGUGAUGUAAUCCUAUAGACAAUCCAACCAAAGUGAAGACAACAAAAUACAGGCACGUGGAUUUCAAUAUGCAGAUCAACAGAUGCACUCACGGUAUCGGCUCAGAAUACUAUAGUCACAUAGUAGUGGAC